AUGAUAGCUUUCUCUGUCAGCCUUUCCAGAGAGGAAAGCCGCAGCAAGCUGAUGGAAGCAGCUGAGGACUGGGACAUGGAGGAGGUCAUCGCGCUGGUGGCGGCAGGGGCGGAUGUGGGGGCGAGAGGAGAGUGCGAGACUACUGCUCUGCACUGGGCAGCGGAGAGUGGGCACUUGGAAGCGGUGAAGCGCCUGCUGGGGGCUGGGGCAGAGGUGGACGCCAGAGACAACAGACAAGUCACACCUCUGCACUUGGCUGCAUAUGAGGGCCACACACCUGUGGUGCGACUGCUGCUUGGGGCAUCAGCUGACCCCAACGCUAGAGAUGCUCUAGGGAGGACGCCACUGCACGAUGCAGCAAGAGAGGGCCAUUUAGAUGUGGCGACUGCACUGCUUGAGGCAGGGGCGAACAGUGGGGUCAGGGAUCCAAAGGAAGACAAGCCCCCUGGUUAUCGUCAGAGAGCAAAAUAA